UAACAAUCACAAUCCAAAUAAAAAACAAUCCAAGGGCUCUCCCAACUCCCAACUGUUUCCUCUUCUAUACCCAAUAAAUCUGCCUUUUUUCUCUCACUUUCUCGCCGCCGCAUCGCCGCCGUAGAUCGCCCACCCACCUCUCCAAAUCCCCAAAUAGAGAAACAGAGACCACCAUGAGACCACCCAGAAGGUCGAUCCAAGCCGUCUCGUUAUGGGUCCGACGACAACCCCCGAAGGUGAAGGCUUUCCUCGCCGUCGUCACCGGCAUGGCUGCUCUGGUGUUGCUGCGAGUCAUCGUACACGAUCACGACAACCUCUUCGUCGCCGCCGAGGCUGUUCACUCAAUGGGAAUCUGUGUCCUUAUCUACAAGCUCAUGAAGGAAAAAACUUGUGCUGGACUCUCACUUAAAUCUCAAGACCUGACAGCCUUAUUUUUAGCUGUUAGGCUGUAUUGCAGUUUUGUCAUGGAAUAUGAUAUACAUACAUUGCUUGAUUUGUCCACAUUGGCUACAACCUUGUGGGUUAUUUAUAUGAUUCGUUUUAAACUGAAAUCAAGCUACAUGGAGGACAAAGACAACUUUGCUAUAUAUUAUGUGGUGCUACCAUGUGCUGUGUUGGCUUUGCUAAUUCAUCCAUCCACAUCACAUCAUUUUAUCAACAGGGUUUUCUGGGCAUUCUGUGUAUAUUUGGAAGCUGUUUCUGUAUUACCCCAGCUGCGUGUCAUGCAAAAUACAAAGAUUGUUGAACCAUUCACAGCUCAUUAUGUGUUUGCAUUGGGCGUUGCAAGGUUCUUGAGCUGUGCUCACUGGGUUCUACAGGUUUUGGACAGUCGUGGGCAUCUUCUGACAGCACUAGGUUAUGGAUUAUGGCCUUCGAUGGUUCUUAUAUCUGAAAUUGUUCAAACUUUCAUACUAGCAGACUUCUGUUACUAUUACAUAAAAAGUGUUUUUGGAGGUCAGCUUGUGCUCCGUCUUCCUUCUGGGGUUGUGUAACAGUGAAUUUUAUGAGCAUUUAGUUAUUUUCGCUCUGCUUAUGUUACUCGUUUGUUCAUCCGUGACUGGGAAUGAAGCAGACUGUAUAUCUGGGGGAUACAGGCAAUAUCAAUGGGGGUAAUCGUGGAAAAAAAAAAAAAAAAAACUUGGUUGACUGAAGAUUAGGUUAACUUUGUUGUGUUCAGCACAAAUACUGGGCUUUAUAUAAUGGAGUUUUUUUAGCUUUAUGAUGUUUUUUUAGCUUUAUGAUGUUUACCUAACUAGUGGCAAGAAUAUGUUGAACGGUUUUGAAGGGCUUGAAUUUCCCGGGUUUUCUUGUC